AUUUUAAUUUUUAGCGAUUAUUACUUUAGCGAUUUAGAACGGGAACCUUUUUUUUUGACGCUAUAUCAGCUGUGGAAAUAUUUCGGCCCGAACUCACCUAGCUGUCAUUAUUGUUUUAUUGAACCUUAUUAUGGGUUUUAAUUUCUUACAACCCCCAAAUUCACAUAUUCUGUCAAUAAAUAGUACUCCAUCUCAAUUUACAUUUAAUACUUUAUCGAAUUUCGUUAAUUCAAAUCAAACCUUAUUUCUGCCAAAUGUAUCUUCAUUAUUUGGUAGUAACUCACAAAACACCUUAUUACCAAUUCAAUCCUUGAAUACAAAUUUUUUCAGGCCAAUUACUAAUAUGAAUUCAUUAACUGGUACAAUGAAUCUUGAUGCAAAUAUGGGUAGUGAUCUUCAAUUACUUUAUCAAUCAUUAUCUACUCCUGUCAUAUUUAAUGAUACAAGAGAUCAAAUUUUACAGCAAUGGAAUCAAUUACAAGCUAUUAUUGGAAAUGGUAAAGGAUAUUAUUCCAAUCAGACUUCCCCAUUCAAUUAUACUUUCGAUGGCUUGUGCACUAAAUUUAAGGCAGUGUUUUAUAACACAUUGGUGACGGAAAAGAACGAAGAUGGCCUCAUGCUUGUGAUUUGCGAUAAACCAUACGAACAAAUCGUCAAAUUCAAGAGUGAAUUCUCUGACAGCUUCAAUAAAAUUAUCGGUAACAAACCCAAUGUCACAGUGGAUUUGAUCAAUAUUCGUGAAAUUGGCAAUAAAAAGUGUUGCGUUACUUUGAUAGUCAAUGAAAAUUUGAGUCAAGGCGGCGUUAGGAAAGCGACAUGCCAAGAACUCGUUUCCUAUUUCAAUCUAAGCCAAACUAAUUCCAACUUAGGCUCACAAAAUGGUGUUAAGAGUCAAUUAGCCGCCCUAGAUAUCGAUAAUAUCAUUCCGAAGAUUGGCCCGACCCCCCAGCAGAUUCAGGUUCACCUCGAUAAUCCUCCUUCAAAUAUAGAUCCCAAGAUAUGGGCAAAAGCCAUACAGGAAAAUCCGGAUCCGGCUCAUCUGAUUCCUAUCCCUGUUUUGGGGUUCAAUGGACUUUACACUCGAUUAAGUGCUAUAGUGCAAGAAAAUGAUUUCCAAAAACUCCAAUUAAAUAAUCUUAACUUGAGUUUAUCGCAACAACACGGUCGACUUUUGAACAUCGCAAACAAAAUUAAAUCCAUGACCCGUAAAUACAAAGAACUUAAACAUCGCUUUUUGCAAGUAAAAUGUGUGCAAGACUCGAAACGAUUAUAUAACAUACCAAUUCAAAUAUUUGAGGUUCAAUUGCGCGCCAAAUUGGAAAGUUUAUACAAUGAAUUGAAUUCCAACGAUCAGAUACAGGGUUUAUGGAAGGUAAUUAAUGCUCAAAAGCAAAUCCUUGAAAUUGGUUCUCAUAAAUCAUUGCAUAAACCUAUGGAUGGCUUUUCCAAAGAGGACAAUGGUGUGAAACGGGAGUUUGAGUCUAAAUUUUUGAAGGAAUUUAACACGUUUAUAACAAAUCAACAAGAAUCUUUGAAUUAUCUAGCUCACAUUCUUAAAGAGGACAGCAGAGAUUUGGCUUUCAUGAAAAAAAUUUUGAUUGAAACAAAUCAAGUCUAAUUUGUUAUAUCAAUUCUAAUACAUUUAUUUGUAUAGUAAAAGUUAUAAAUUAGUUGUAUUGAUUGUUAAAUAUAUGUAUAUAUUGGA